AGAAAAUAUAGGUUAACAUUCAUAAAAAAACAUCAUAAAUGACAAUAAAAUAAUAAAUAUACGUUAAUAUUAAUUAAAAAUGCAUUUAUUAAAUGUUUAUUUUUUUUUAUUCUCCAUUUCCGUUGUUCAGUCUUUUUCAAAUAAAAAUCAUACCAAUAAUUGGGCGGUUCUAGUAGAUACAAGUCGAUUCUGGUUUAACUAUAGACAUGUCGCGAACGUGUUAUCUAUAUACAGAAGUGUAAAACGUCUUGGAAUACCAGACAGUCAAAUAAUUUUAAUGAUUGCUGAUGAUAUGGCUUGUAAUCCCAGAAAUCCCAGACCAGGUACUGUGUUCAAUAACGCUGACCAGCAUAUUAAUGUGUAUGGGGAUGAUGUGGAAGUGGAUUACAGAGGUUACGAGGUAACUGUAGAGAACUUUGUAAGGCUGUUAACAGGAAGAUUACCUCCAGGCACACCGAGAUCAAAGCAAUUAUUGUCAGAUGAAGGAAGUAACGUAUUGAUCUAUUUAACUGGACAUGGAGGAGAUGGUUUUCUUAAAUUUCAAGAUUCUGAAGAAAUAACCAGCCAGGAAAUGGCUGAUGCACUGGAACAAAUGUGGCAGAAACAAAGGUACAAUGAAAUAUUUUUUAUGAUCGAUACAUGCCAAGCAGCUUCUAUGUAUGAAAGAUUUUAUUCUCCAAACAUUUUAGCAGUUGGAAGCAGUUUGGUUGGUGAAGAUUCACUGUCUCAUCACGUUGAUUCAUCUAUCGGAGUAUACAUCAUUGAUAGAUAUACUUAUUAUGCACUGGAAUUUUUAGAAAAGGUCAAUCCUCAAAGUGAUAAAUCAAUGGGCGAAUUUCUGAAAGUGUGCCCAAAGAGUGUCUGUAUAUCUACAGUUGGAGUAAGGAAGGACCUUUUUAACAGAAAUCCGGAUAAUGUUCCGAUUACCGAUUUUUUUGGUUCAAUCAGACCUGUAGAGGUUCUUUGCGAUCUCUCUAAUGUAACUCUUCUACAAAGUAAGCAACUAUCCCAGGAAGAAGCAUUCAAACCGAAGAAAUAUAGAUAUAUAGAUCCUAUUGUAAACUUUAACACUAUUAAAAGUUAA